UUUCAUUGUCAUUGUUCAUUGUCAUUUCAUAGGAGUGCAAUAACCAACCGUGUAAUAUUUAUAUUUAUUCUUCUUACUAUCAAACAACACCUCUACCAUUAACACACACAGCAGUUUACGAUGAGGAUUCAUAUCAUAUCAUAUCAUUUCAUAUCUUGUCAGUACUACCUUUUUCAUCAUGAUUCUUACUUUUUUGUACUCUAUAGUAUUGUAGUUAACAAUCAUUAAUACAAUCCACUUCAUGAGAAUCAUAGCCAUCUUAUUACUGUAUUCUUAAUCAUAACCUUUCAUGGUUAUACAUUGGUUUGUUUUAUUAUUUAAUUGCUUGUUACUUCAGGCCUAUAACUGUAAAUGAUGUUUCUAUUCAACCCUCCUGUCGUUUGUGGUUUGUGGUUGUAGGAGUUGUUCUGUGUAAAAUCAGAUUCUGUUGUUGCAGCAACGUUUCCGUUGCUCACUUUUCUAACAAAUGAGUAAAUGAGUAUGUGCAAUUAUUGUAACUGCUCUGUAUAUAGUAUUUAUAUUUUAUAUUUUGUACAUACCUUUUGCUUUUUUCCUAAUCUGCUGUAGUUCAUAUUGCUGCUGUAAUGCCCAAAUUUCCCCGUUGUAUGACGAAUAAAGGAUCAUUAUCUUAUCCUAUCUCAAGACAAUGAGGUCAGGACCUUACAAUAUCACAGAGAAACCCAACAGUUCCCACAAUGAGCAAGCGCUUGGAGACUGGGGAGAAGAAAAAACAACAACAACUCCCUUUUAACAGGAAGGAACCUCGAGCUGAGCCGGACUCAGUGUGGGCGGCCAUCUGCCUAUAGUCGAGACAGAAAGGGACCAGGUUUUUAAGCACUGUGAGACUGGUUCUUAUGAUUACAUUAAUAACAGUGACACUGAUGUGAUGAUGUUGUUAAUAAUAGCAAUGGCAACUCCCAGACACAAUCUGGGAGCUGGUUCCACAGGAGAGGAGCCUGGUAGCUGAAGGCUCGGCCUCCCGUUCUACUCUUAGAGACUCUGAGCAGCAGAAGUAAUCCUGUGUUCACAGAGCAAAAUGAUAUAUUUGUUGGUCGAGGUCAGCUUCGUGGACUUUGUGAGGGUGACAUCUAGUGGUCGACACUCGAUGGAGCAACAGCUUCAUCUGUCCGUGCAUGUAAUAUGAAAUCAAACUCUCAGCUGAUUGUCCUGAACGCAUUUCAGGAGGGCGAAAGGCGUCUUCCUCUACACGUCACCAGCCGGCCAGCCAAUGAGAGGCAGGCCUUCUUGCACCGCUCAGCCCGUGAUGCUGAAGAAUGUAAAUCUGUGGAUUGGCUUUUCCUCUUUUCCUAAUCAUCUUACAUGGCGACUCCAAACACAGACGACUCCUAUCGAGAACCAUGCGCCGGGUGAACGUGGCCGACAGGCGCACCGGGCUUGUGGAAGUGUGAGGAUUGUAUUUGUUCUCGCUGCUGAAGGGGUUUGCAGGCACAUCGUGCUCACCAAUGACUGAUCCCCCCCAUCAAAGAGGUGCCACAACUGGGACAUCGCGCUGCUGGAGAGGGUGUUAGCAUGAAGGGCCCCAGCUCCAGAUGGGCCUUCUCCCUGGGCUUCUUGGUGGGGGCCUGCAGCAUCUACUUCUUCCUGCACCAGGUGUGGUUCGAGAGGAGCUACCCGGUGCUGUCAGAGGCUCAAGAGAAAGACGCAACAGUGGGGGAGAGACCAACCAGCUGGAGGAAAGAGGGAGCGACUCUCUUCAGCCUGCUCCACCCUCAACAUGCAGAUGCAGACAGCAGGGUGGCAGAUGCGUUGUACCAGAAGAUACGCAUCCUCUGUUGGGUGAUGACGGGGCCGUAUAACCUGCAGAGCAGGGCCCGCCACGUCAGGGCCACUUGGAGCCGCCACUGCAACAUGGUGGUGUUCAUGAGCUCCGUGAAGGACCCGGACUUCCCCACAGUGGGACUGGGCACUAAGGAGGGCCGUGACCAGCUCUACUGGAAGACAAUCCGAGCCUUCCAUUAUGUGUACGAGCACCAUGCGGGUGAUGCAGACUGGUUCCUAAAAGCGGACGAUGACACCUAUGUAGUGGUGGACAACCUGCGCUGGAUUCUGUCCAACCACACCCCUGAGCAGCCCAUCUAUUUUGGUAAACGCUUCAAGCCUUACACCAAGCAGGGCUACAUGAGUGGAGGAGCAGGUUAUGUACUAAGCAAAGAGGCCCUCAAGAGAUUUGUGGAAGGUUUUCGGACCAAAGUGUGCACACACACCACCCCUGUAGAAGACCUAGCACUGGGGCAGUGCUUGGAGAAGAUGGGCGUUCUCGCUGGGGACUCCAGAGAUACUUUGCAUAGAGAAACUUUCCAUCCAUUUGUGCCAGAGCACCAUCUAACCGGCAAGUUCUCCAAGAGCUUCUGGUAUUGGAGCUAUUGUUACUAUCCAAUUGUUGAGGGUUCACAGUGCUGCUCUGACCUGGCCGUAUCGUUCCAUUAUGUGGAACCAGAGUUGAUGUACACACUCGAGUAUUACACCUACCACCUAAGAGCAUAUGGCUACAGGCCACGCUAUCAGCCGUCGCUCCGCCAGGGUCUUAGCCUUGGCGCUCUCUCGCAGACUGCUGUGACGUUGGGAUUUAAAGGAGCUCAAGAGGUGACAGAAGGAAGGACUCACACAACGGCACCCUUCUCUGUUAGCGGCAACCAAACCAAAGCGGUGAUCGAGUUGGACAAAGAGGGAAGAGACCAUCUAAACUCUCACCUUACUGAGAACAGGACUGUGGUCACACAGGACAGACAACACUGAUUCGCUUUCAACCGUCUACUGUAGGUUGAAUCUAGAUUUUGUUUCUACUUUGUUUCAGUGACCUGGGCGAUAGAAGUUGUGAUAGCCACCACGACUGUGCCAGAGAAGUAUCACCCUGCCAAUUGGAUCUGCUAACAAGUGUUUUCUUCCGACCGUUUAUUCUUGAUCCCAUCAGGGUAUACCGCAGCCUGUACGUCACUGUAAGCACCCGGCACAGACUGAUUCAGUGGCAGCUGAAAAUGGCUUGGCUUUAUUCAAAGAAGAUAAAGACUUUGUUUAGCUUAAUUAAAUCUGACAUCACCACGGUUAGAAUUUAAGACAUUACACAGUCACAGAUGUGUGCUUGGAGGGAUGCUGGAGGAGGCACAUAGAAUAUUAUUUUCGUGUCCUUUACACAUACCUAACAUGAGCCAGGAAUAUAGUGACCGAUGUUUGAAAUUAUUUUAGUUUUGAUCCAUUUUAAUUUCAUGAUUUAAAAAAAAAAAAAAAAAAUGUCAUCAAGUGGGAGAACUGCAGUAUUUAGAUUUACACACUUUGUCUUUUUGAUGUGCAGUCUAGUUUUGCUGUCCAGAGUUUUCAUUUUGGAUUUGUUUGUUUUUUGUUUUGUGUGUUUGUUUGUGUUGUCUUUAAAGUCCUCUGGAAAUCCA